AAGAUCUAAACAAAUUAGAUUUAGAAAAUACCAGACUUAUGGCUAGAAUUUGGGAAUUAGAACAGAUUCAGAUCAGUGAAGCAAAACUUAUUGCUAAAAUUAAACAUUUGCAAAACAAAAAUAUUGACAAUGCAAAAAAAAGCCAAAUUGUUGCAUGUUGUUUGAA